UCACCAUUAGGUGACGUCACGGUUGUUGAUUCCACGCGGCGGCAGCUGACGACCCCGCCACAGUCGCGACACGGAAGACGCGGUAGCAGCUUCGCAACAAUCACUCCUCCUCCUCAUUCUUCAUCUUCUUCUUCAUCGUCUUCUUCAUCUUCUUCUUCAUCGUCGUCUGUGCUACUGGACACGUUGACCACCGAUCCUUGGCCUUUUCCUUCGAACAGGAUCGUUCAUAGGACUACAAACCCCUGUGGCAGGCAUAAUGGAUGAGCAGCACAGACUGAAACUUCGGCGCUUGAGAGUGACUUUGGUGAAAGAUCUCGACCCCAAGGCACUGUAUGACUACUUGGUGGCAAACGAUAUCUUCUCCGACGACAUGAUCGAAGAAAUACAUAAUUCCGGCACUCGGCGGGAGCGCGCAAGCAAAAUGCUGAUGGAGCUGGAGAAGAGAGGCAGCCGCGCUCUGCCCAUCUUCAUUGAGGCCCUGGACGACAGCAAGCAGUCGCACCUCGCCGAUAUCAUACGCGAAGAACUCGCCUCCGACAAAAUCGACGCUCGCAGGCGCAGCUUGCCUAUCUUGCCCAUCGAGCCUCAGAAUGUGCCGGGCGGUGCUCCGGAUUUCUUUCCAGAUGUAAAGCAGAAGGAAGGAGCAGCCGAUCGAGAUGAACACCGAGAAUAUCCAAUGAAGGCGUCACCACGUGGAAAGUGUCUGAUAAUCAACAACAUGGAGUUCAUGAACUUAAAAUCACGCUUAGGCUCGGAUAUUGACUGUGCAAAGAUCAUCGACAUGUUCACGAACAAUUUCCAUUUCGACGUCAUCGUAAAAGAGAACCUAUCCAAGAAGGAAAUGCUGGGCGCCCUCAAAUCGCUCUCAGCUGAUGACCACACGAAAGCAGACUGCUGCGUCGUCGUCAUCAUGUCGCACGGACGAGAGAUAGAGCACCGACGGUUCCCGGGGGCCGUCUUCGGCACAGACGACUUGUUUGUGCGCAUGGAGGAUAUUGUGUCUUUCUUCUCCGGGACUGACUGCCCCUCACUGCUGGGGAAACCGAAGUUGUUCUUCAUCCAGGCUUGCGGAGGAGACGAGAAAGACCGGGGGGCUCAGGUCGCGCAGGAGAGCGACAGCGGCGGUGGCGGCGACGACGACAGUGGGGAUCACGUGAACGGCGACGCGCCGUCGUCUGCCAACGCCAUGCCGUCGGAGCUGCCCGAGCCGGACGACGAGCCGGACGCGUCGCCCGUGUACUCGGAGCAGGCGCGCAACCAGAGCCAGGAUGAGACGGACGCCACCCCGCACCUGCCGUCCAUGAGCGACAUGCUCGUCGCUUACUCCUCCCUACCAGGGUUUGUGUCGUGGAGGGACUGCAAGCAGGGAUCCUGGUUCAUCCAGGUGAUGCUGGAGGUGUUUAAGAAGCACGCAGUCAACGAAGACCUCAUUUCCAUGAUCACACUGGUGAAUGAAAAGCUGUCUAAUGAGUACCAGGCCAAGGGUGUCUUCAAGCAGACUUCCAGUCCACUCAACACCCUCCGCAAACGCCUCUACUUCAACCCAACCUUCUGAUCGUGGUGCAGGAACUUUGCACGGUUUUCCAUUUACAUGUACCUAAAACGAUGUCCAAAUAAGGAUGACGAAAAAUGUAGCGCGUUCGAAUUUUACGUAACAUAUUUCACAACCAGUUUAUUCGUGUUGUGUUCGAUUUGUCUGCAUUUUUGGGUUGUGGAGGGAGACUGUGUGAAAAAUAAUUUCUAUUCCGUUGACAAAACAGUAUUUGGAAUACACGCGCAGCAACAGCAGCACAAUCUCAGUGAUCUAUUUAACUUUUUUUUUUAUAAGGGUGUGGGACCAACUUGAAUGAAGUGCACUGUGGCACACAGUACCCUAACCAAUACAACACCUGUACACACAUUGAGUCAAUCUACUGCUGGAUGGCGGCCUUCCCAUGCUAUGCGGGUUGUUGGGGUUAAUUCACCAUACCUCAGGCUGAUGAAGACGAGGAGUAUGCAAAUACAAUCCAACACUCCUUUUUGCUACGCUGCCCUCUGGCGGUUAUUCAGCUCCGCAGCAGCCUAUAACACCUUGAAUGCAAGGUGGUUGCCCAUGCAAAUCCUAUCCAGUAUCAAAUCUGUUUAGUUCCUGAGAUCUGACGAGAUUGGGCACAUUUUGGGCGAUUUGGUCUUGGGUGGUACGAUAUAUAAUUCAUAUAUAAUUCAGAACAGUUUACAAUUCUAGCUUUAAGGCUUGGACAGAAUACCAGAAAGACACCAUAACCAUAUUCUAAAGCAAAGGGAAAAAUAUUAGCUCUAUCGCAGUGACAAAAAACAUAAAUUAGCAGUGAGUUGCUCUAAAAACUUGCACUCGGGCUUACAAUUCGAUUUAGGCGGUGGGUUUAAUUUAACAGAGUUGUGUCUCGAUUUAAAGCUUUCGUGACUGCAAGGAUUCAUCUUCUUGGUUCUUUCGGUAAAGUCACGUAGAAUGAGAAUAAAAUAAAAUAAGACGAAAUUUUCACGACGUUUCGGCCACAACACAAGUAGCCUUCUUCAGGUGAAAGAACAGAGCUGUCGAUAUGACAGUGCUUCAAUUGAAGGCUACUUGUGGCCGAAACGUCGUGAAAAUUUUUAUUGUCUUAUUUUAUUGUUUUAUUUUAUUAUUUUAUUCUCAUUCUACGUGACUUUACCGAAAGAACCAAGAAGAGUUGUCUUCCAAUGUGUUGGAUACUGAUGAAGUGGGGACUUUUGCUUUUGGCCGGGUGGAUAGUAAAACAAAAUCUGAGAGCUUCAGGUCUCUGGAUGAAGUGUUUUGUGUUUAGCAUUCCACGAAAUGCCUAUGCAUCUGUUAAACGAAUAAAUAUAUUCUUGCCGAAGUAGUUCGAUAUUUAACAUUGGUUUAAAGAUAACUUUGUUUUAACUUUAUUGUGUGCUUGUUAGAAUGAGUCUAUUUUUUGUAUUUUAUUUACUUCGAGCUUAGCAGGAACAAUUGCGUUUUAGGAUGCAUUUUUAAACAUUCGUCAAGCUGUUUGUACAAAAUUAACUUAAUUUCUUUUUGUAAGUAUGCUUUUUUUUUUAGUUCACAACCAAUGCUUACGUAAUGGAACUAUAAGUUUAAACUAUACUUUGAUUGUAGCACGGUUUGGUGCUAUGCGGCUUAGCAUGUUACUGGAGUACUGUUUAAAAGGUCGUUUUGACUGCCUCCACGCAUCGUUGGGGGUUUUUUGUGUGUGGUAAACCUUGACUGUUUUUCCUGUUCCGCUGGACCCCUGGAGUUGGACUUCUUACAGGGGUUUCCCUUUGCCUGAUCACGCCAGUAAUGUCUCAACUCCAAUCCUCGCAAACCACGCUGGACCACUUUUUCGUGGUCACCACCCGCCUUCCGCAACCACUUGCAAAUCAAGUGUUCACGCAUUGUGUGCAAACGAUGAUCGGCUAAAACUGUUCACGUGGGCUGGGGUACGGCGAGCGGAAUGGAGUUCGAACAAGCUUUCCAUCGUUCCCUUUAACGUGCCGCAAAAUUAUUGCGUGGUUACGGGGGCAGAGUCGAUGCAUGUGUGCAUGUUUGGAUAUUAGCACCUCGUGCCAGGUUCAGUUCGUUGCAGAAAUUAUUGGCGAUGUGAAACUGAGCGGGACACAAAUUGUAAAGGUGUUUUUGUAAGAUAACUUUAAGAAAGUAAAUUCGUGUUGUGUCACUGGUUGUAAUUUUGGCCAUGCAUGAAACAAACUUGCAUUGCGCUGAGCCAUUCUUUUUAACCACUUGGACAAGCACCACCUGACUUAGCGCACUUGGGGGCAGGAGAGCUUUCCCAUACCUUCCGAUGUACGAUUUAUACGUUUAGUGCACCGAUGUGUUUUUCUGUUCUAUAGCCUCGUAUUUUGUUAUCCUCUUGUGAACGUUCAUGCUGUGAUAAGUGCCUGUGCAACUGAGUAAGGGAGCCAUGCUUAAUUUGUUUACAUUUUUUUUGUUCCUGAUUAAUGAGAGGGCGUGCGUUUCGGUGAUUAUAUAUGCACUGUUCAGCUGCAGCCUUAUUGAAAUUAAAUGCGGACAAUCAUUCUUGUUCGGUUCGCUGCUCUUGAUGUGAAAUGUUCCUUACUGCUUUUGUAUUGUUGUUUAAUAAACAUUUCAAAUAAUAA